UUUGCAGAAAACACUGAACUCUGAGUUUAUGUGAUCUGUGAUGCUGACCUGUUGAAUAUAUCCCAACAAUGGUUUGUUAAAUGAACACUAUGAUUUAUUCCGUUCAUCAUGUUCAUUUUAAUGAACAGCAAGAGAUCGCAAGAGACUCUUCUUGUUCGUGCUGUAUCCAGUGGUAAACAAUUCCGUGAGAUCUUAUCUCAUCACUACAAUGGAAGAAGCCCGCUAGACGGCAGUCUUUUCAACCGCUCCCCGAUUGACACCGGCAGUUCGCUUUGACGAUCAACAUUCGUGCAGCAGGUGGAGAGCAACUGCAGCUUCUAAUUAAGGGCAGGACCAGAGGGGGGUGGGGGGCUUCAGUUGGCACGGGUCACCGUGAAGAUUUGAUUGGGUGCCACCCAAAAUCCUAGUCUAUAAUUGACCAUAAUAAGCAGGCGGGACUUUUCUCAAUAUAAUUUGUGGUUCAAAUCAGAGCGGGAGUCCGGAGUGACUGACUUCAAAAACACAAGGGUACUGGAGACAGUCAUUUCAUAUCCCUUUGAGGUCACACUAGAGGCCCAAUUGCUGCUACCACCCCUGGACCUCAUGAUAUAUCCCACAAUCAAGGGUAGCAGAUCCCAGUCGACCUCGCCUUAAGAUAUUCCCCAAGACAACACAAGCCGUUCUGCUUCAUCUUCAUGUGAGUUGGUUGGUCCACUAGAACUCUGUUCAGCUAUCUGGAAAAGGUUGGGGACUCCUAGUGGAACUAUAACAGAUUUCCAUCCAGAAACAUCAUGAUCCAAGAGAUGAUCUCAAAGAUCUUGCAGUUCCAUGACACUAUGCGGAAAAGAACAGAUCAUCGUAUGCGAGAUUAUCUAUUGAUGCAGAGCCCCAUCGAGAUGACCCUCAUCUUAUUGGGUUACAUAUUCUUUGCUCUCUACGCUGGGCCACGCUAUAUGGCAAACCGUAAACCCUUCAAUCUCAAGACAGCCAUGAUUGUUUAUAACUUCACCAUGGUGUCUUUCAAUGCUUACAUUGUCUAUGAGUUUUUAAUGUCUGGCUGGGGAACUACAUAUACCUGGAGAUGUGAUCUCUGCGACUUCUCCAGCAAUCCUCAAGCCCUUCGAAUGGUUCGAGUGGCGUGGAUGUUUUACUUCUCAAAAUUCACUGAGCUAAUGGACACAGUGUUCUUUGUGUUGCGGAAGAAACAUAGCCAGGUCACAUUUCUACACAUUUUCCACCACUCUUUCAUGCCAUGGACCUGGUGGUGGGGCAUCACAAUAGCACCUGUUGGUGGAAUGGGUUCAUUUCAUGCUAUGGUGAAUUGUGUUGUGCAUGUCAUCAUGUACACCUACUAUGGGUUGUCUGCUGCUGGGUUCCAGAAGUACCUUUGGUGGAAGAAGUACAUGACAGCCAUCCAAUUAACGCAGUUCGUCCUGGUUUCUGUCCACAUAUCUCAGUACUAUUUCAUGGAAAAGUGUGAAUACGAAGUCCCCGUUUUCGUCCAUCUUAUUUGGAUCUAUGGUUCCUUCUUCUUCAUUCUUUUCUCCAAUUUCUGGUUCCAGGCCUAUAUCAAGGGCAAUAGACUCCCUGUUCCUAGCCAAGAAGUGCAAAAAAUGAAUGGUAUUACAAGUGAUGGAGACGCUGCCAGUAGUAGUAAACAACAGGAAAAUGGUUCCACAAACCAACUGAAUGGAUUUUGCCAAGGGAAAGUGAAAGAAGUGUAAAACUUGAAGUGAAGUUUAAACUGGACUUGAUAACGUUUCCAACAGCUCAAGUCUUUGUAUUUCUGAAUUUGUAUCACAACUGUUUUUUUACAUGCACCUUAUGCACAAGAGAUGAAAUGACAGAAUGGAUGUGGCAGUUGGGUUCAUGUUCCUUACCUUGUAAUUUAUUAAUGGGGCUUGGGCCAUCUAUUGGCACAUCAUCUCAUUUAUGAAUCUCACUUUUGUAAAAUGUCUGUAUAGUUCCAUUAAAAAAGAUUUUGUAAUUAAAUGUA